AUGAACAAUAACAUUUCUAAUAUGGAAUCACCAAAAAAAUAUUAUUAUACAAGGUUGAGCAAAAUUUCAACUACUCCACAAAUUUCACCACCAAAAUUUGUUAAACAACCUAUACCGGUUCAACAACCUUCACCUAUACCAGUUUGCCUAGUAACAGCUCAGCCAAUAAUUGCACUGAUUCACUUGAUAACUGCAGCAAUACCUACAGUACUUCAAAUAACCACUCUAACAUGUCAACCUAGAGAGCUAAUCGAGAGAUAUCCGAAUAUUAGAAUCCUAAGAUCGAUUAGUAAUGAAUAUGAAGUUGAAUUAAGAAGAAAUAUGAAGAAUCUAGAAGAAAGGAUUUGGUUAUUGGAAGAAGAAAACUCUGUUCUCAGAAAUAAUCCUUAUGAGUUGCCAAGGAUGUCAAGUGUGGACAGACCAAUAUUUCCAGAUGAAUCUAAUGCUAUAGGGCUAAAAGAUAGAUUAAAGAAAAGAAAAGCUGAAAUAUUAGGAAAAGUCGAUAGAAGGUUGCAUGCCAAUACUCAUCUUAUUGAGGCAAACAAUAAUAACAAAUAUUAUGAAACGGAUGAAACAAAUGAGAUGAAUGAAUUUAUUAAUUAUGAUUAUUUUGAUGCAAAAGAUAAUAUGAAUGAUAAAGACUAUUUAACCAACCUGUUUUUUGCAGAAGAGAUUGAAGAUUAUGACGAAAGAAGUGAAUCAUCUAUUAUAGUAUCAGCUAGAAUGAACGAAAUGCAACUUGACAAAAUGAACAAAUUUUUCACGACAAUACCUGAAGAAAGAGCUACUACUGAUCAAAAAGGCAAAGAAAGUCUACUGAAAUAG